ACGUUGUCAGACAUGUUCAGCAGAAAAGAUAUGUGAUACAUGUUAUGAUGGAUAUUACGGCGACCAAUGUCAAAGUUCAUGUCGAACUACAUGUGCUACGUGCACCUCUGGUACUUUAUGCACUUCCUGCAGAGACGGGUAUCACAGCGGAUCGGGGACAUAUUGCAUAUAUACGUGUAAUUCAGAGUGCUUAUUGUGCACCAAUAGUACAUCAUGUACAGCAUGUAAGGUUAAGAGUGGUAUUGGACGUUAUGGAAGUGAUUGCUCAAUGAUAUGCAGUAACAAGUGCAAAGAGUAUCUAUGCGAUAUAAAUGGAAACUGUCUACAGUGUGCUGACCCUAACUUCAUAGGUGAUAACUGUGAUAGAUGUACUGACGGCAAAUACGGAAGUCAGUGUAGGAAUAAUUGUCCUUUAAAUUGUCUAUCGUGCGAAUCUGCCUCUUACUGUACUUCAUGUACAGACGGAUUUAAGGGUUUCACGUGCUCAACGAAGACUGAAUGCCCAGAUAAUUGUAGAAAUAACACAGUUUGCUUAAGCACUGGUCAGGAACAACCUGCAGGAAGAGUGAUGGACACUGUCAAGAUGAAUGUGCAGACGGUUUUAGUGGUGACUAUUGUGGUACUUCUUGCAAUGAUGGAUGUGCUACAUGUACACGUAGCCAAACUUAUGAAUGUUUGUCAUGUGAAACUGGAAAACAUGGCUAUGAUGGAUCAUACUACACAUGCAGGAACACUUGCAAUAAUACAUGUGCGAAUAAUUCUUGUGACGCGUUGAACGGCAAAUGUGACCAAGGCUGUGUAGAUGGAUAUUCGGGGCCAUUUUGUAACAUUUUGUGUCCACCAAAUUGUAAAUCGUGCCACCAAGAGAACGGAGAAUGUGAUUUAUGUGCAUAUGAUUACUGGGGCGAAUACUGCUUGAACAAUUGCAGCGAAAAUUGUACGCAUAUGAACGAGUCAUGGUCAAGCUGUGACAUUGCAACUGGUAAAUGCAAAUAUGGAUGCUAACAUGGGACACACGGUUCAUUCUGCAAUAUAUAUUGUGACCAAAAUUGUACGGCUUCUGAAGAUGGUGUUCGUGAGUGCAGACAGAUGGACGGUCAGUGUACACUAGGAUGUGAGACAGGGUACAAGCUGACAACUACAGGAUGUAUUAAAGAUAUGGUGGCUGACAAUGAUGGCAGUAACAGCGUUGUGACGAUAGGUGUUCUGGGCGGAGUUAUUGCAAUACUUUCGGUUUCGCUUGCUCUUUCUGUUGGUUAUAAUGUUUUCAUGAAAAGACGACAAAAUAGAGAAUUUCCAAAUGAAAAAUCAGUAUCAGACUCAAAAGCUGAGGAAGAAACUCGAACAUACGAACAGUUACAAGAACGUAUGAAACAACCAAACUACCAGAAUGUCAAGGACACCUGCACUGACAAUUAUGCCGUGUUGUUUGCUGAUACAAACAUGUAAUCCUCAUUUCUUUUUUAAUAAUAUACAUAACAUCCAGAUGAUGAAAAUAUUAGUGCCUCUGAUCACAUAUACACGUAUACACAUGUGCUAACACAAUAAUGAACACCAGAAUGUCAAGGACAAAGGCACUGACAAUUAUUCCGUGUUGUUUGCAGAUACAAACAUGUAAUCCUUAUUUCUUUUUUAUUCAAUUGCAGAACACCGCAUGCGUUUUGAGGUGUUAGUUUUUGUAGUGUAAAAGAAGAUUUAAAUAUUAAUGAUACUGAUGAAAAAUAUGUAUGAACAUGUUUAGUACGUAUAAAAAGUGUAAUCAAAAUGUC